AUGACAAGUAACGUUUCUCUCGAAACACCUUUGAUCGAUAGUCAUAUUGGUUUGUACAUUACAAUAAUUGUCUCGUCUCUAUCCAUGAUUAUCUCUACAUUUGCUUGUAUUCUGAUAAUAUUCCUGACGAUCAUUACACCAAAAUUGCAUUCUCCAACGAACUUACUCGUGUCUAGUACAUGUUUGAGCACAUUGGUUUAUUUAAUCAUAUCCAUCGUAAAUAGUUUCAUCUUCUAUACCGAUUCGAACUCUACAGAUUGGUCGUGUCGAAUUCGAGCUUAUGCUUACUAUGUUUCCUUGAACCUUGUGAUUUACUCCUAUGUUAUCCAAGCAAUAUCGCGUUUAUUUUGGACUGUUUUAUAUAAAUAUCGGUAUCUGCUAACAAUGAAAUGUCAUAUACGUCUUCUAAUUUUGAAAACAAUCAUUUCAACUCUCUUGCCAUUAUCAACUCUGAUCACCGAUCAUGUUAUUUUUCGUCCAUUGAAACUCUGCGUUGUGCCAAUGAAGUAUACCAUUCACGUUUUCUAUCUUCUAUCAGUCGGUUUUCUUAUCCCACUGUUGAUCAUUACGAUCCUUUACGCAAUUAUCUAUCGACAUAUAAUUCGUUCCACCGCAAAUUUUCGACGUGCGACACGAGAUGCUGAAAUAGCUCGAAAUAUUCUCAUUCUUCUUGGCAUUUUCCUUCUCGGUGGUAUUCCAACUGUGAUCUAUGUCAUUGUUUCCAACAAAACGGUAUCGUCACCGAGAAGUUUAUUCUUACUCGCCGUUACGGCACCUUCUGUCGCAGUGGCGAGUGAGAGAAUAAUGAGUAUUCUUCUCAACAAAGAAAUUCGCAAAGCAUUAACAAUACAAUGGACAGCCCGAUUUGCUAGUGAUCGUCUAUCUACUACUGGAGUUCAACCAUUAAUAUUCAUCAAUCAAUCUGCAGGAAGAGUCGCUUACAUUUCGAAACUACAAGAAAUUCGAUCAUAA